AUGGCCAAGAUGCUGAUGCGUCGGCGAAGGUGGUGGUUCUUCUGUUGGCUAUUGGCACUCGGGCUGCUGACCAGCCAGCAGUAUCAUUCCGGGUUCUUGCCGUCCCCCCGCACAAGCUGGAAGCCGAACCACUGCGCAGGCAGGGCAGCGCGAAACGAGGAGCAUCUUCGUGUUAGUUCUUCCCAGAAGAAGCAGGCCGACAAAGGCGUGUCUGCCAAAGAAGCAGCAUUCCUGUGGAGAAGUGAAGCCGGCUGGUUCAGGGCGCUGCAGAUCCUGGAGCGCUAUGGUGACCAGUACGAUGUCAGCCGCAUGGACGAGGCCUGGUGGAAAGCCCGCGUGAAAGAUCGUACCUCGAAGCUGGAUGUGACGUGUCGCCACUGCGGCCAUCGCUCCCGCAGCACGUCUCUGGACAGCCUGCAGCAAGGCACGACUCCUGGCUGUUUCUGCAAUGGCGCAGUGCCUUGGUCCAGCCCGGCAGGGCGUGCUCGAUGUCUGCAAAUGAUCUGGGAGCGCUUUGGUGACCAGUACGAUGUCAGGCGAAUGGAAGAGGCCUGGUGGAAAGCCCACGUGAAAGAUCAGAAGUCGAAGCUGGAUGUGACGUGUCGCCACUGCGGCCAUCGCUCCCGCACCACGAGACUUGGCCACCUGCAGCAAGGCCAAUCUCCUGGCUGUUUCUGCAAUGGCGGCGUGCCUUGGACCAGCCCGGCAGGGCGUGCUCGAUGUCUGGACAUGAUCUGGGAGCGCUAUGGCGGCCAGUACGAUGUCAGGCGCAUGGACGAAGCCUGGUGGAAAGCCCACGUGAAAGGCGCUGCCUCGAAGCUGGAUGUGACGUGUCGCCACUGCGGCCAUCGCUCCCGCAGCACGAAACUGAACCACCUGCAGACAGGCCAUGCUCCCGGCUGUUUUUGCAAUGGUGGCGUGCCUUGGUCCAGUCCGGCAGGGCGUUCUCGAUGUCUGGAGAUGAUCGGGGAGCGUUACGGUGACCAGUAUGAUGCCAGCCACAUGGACGAAGCCUGGUGGAAAGCCCACGUGAAAGAUCAGAAGUCGAAGCUGGAUGUGACGUGUCGCCACUGUGGCCAUCGCUCCCGCAGCACGAAACUGAACCACCUGCAGCAAGGCCAAUCUCCUGGCUGUUUAUGUUCAAGAAAGACCGAAGGAAAGCUGAUGCGGUGGUUGGCCCAGAACUUCUCGCAGUUUGACGUCACCUCGCAGGUCGGGGGCUGCACGAGCCCGGCGUCGAAUCGCACUUUGCCUUUCGACUUUGGCAUCAACAACGACACCAUUCUCAUCGAGCUGGAUGGCAACAUUGGGCAUUUUGGGCUCGGGUGGGGUGGAUCUGACGAUGAUCGAGGCGUGCCGCAAAGAGACCACUUCAAGGAGGAGUGGGCGCUGCGGAAUGGCAAGACUGUGGUUCGGCUGCUUCAAGAAGAUGUGUACGGCGACUCCUGGGACUGGAAAGGUUUCCUUUCGUCCGCCAUCCAGCACUCAAUUCGGAAUUCACCUCCAUGUGUGAUCACACAGGAUGCAACACAGUACAAGAGCGGAAUCUACCGUGAGCUUCGUGGCAUUCGCUGCCAGGUUGGCUACUUCCAAUCGAACCACGGUGUUCCGAUCCCGUAUCUGACACGACUGCAAAGCCAUGGGGUCUGUUUCAUCCCUGGAGGAAGGUUCCGGGUGUUCAAAACGGAGAACGUCAACAACCAAGGCGCGGGUCCAAAGUCCUCUUCGUGGGAUCUCCUCCGCCCACCACCCAAGACGAGCAAAGUGGUGUCGGCGGCGGUGAGCCAAAGCCCCUACUCCCUUCGCUUGGCCAGCAUGGAGCUCCGUGGAGAUCGGGCGCUGGUGCUGGACUGCGUUCGCCAGAGCUCCGGCGCGCUGCGCUACGCGGCCCCUGCCCUGCUGGCAGAUGCCGAGGUGGUGCUGGCGGCCGUGCGGCAGGACGUGCAAUGCCUGCGGCAAGCCAGCGAGUCCCUUCGCGACAACAAGGAGCUGAUGCUGGAGGCCGUGCGCCUCAAUGGGGUGGCCCUGCAGUUUGCCUCGCCGGCACUUCAGGCGGACCGCGAGGUCGUCCUGGCCGCCGUGGAGCAGUCAUGGCUCCUCUGCUGGCUGCUGGCACUCGGCCUGCUGGCCAACCUGCAGUAUCGCCCAGGCUUCUUGCAAUUCCAUCGUGCACGCUGGGAGCCGAAGCGCUGUGCACGACCAGUCGCCCGACACGCGGCCCUUGAGCGUCUUCAUGAGCAUCUUCAUGCUCGUAGUUGUCAGACAACGGAAGUCGAGAAGUCUGUCAAAGAAGCCACAUUCCUAUGGAGGCGUAAAGCUGGCCGGUUCAGGGCCCUCAAGAUCCUUGGAGAGAGCUACGGUGACCAGUACGAUGUCAGCCGCAUGGACGAGGCCUGGUGGAAAGGACACGUGACAGGCAAGAACUCGAAGCUGGAUGUGACGUGUCGCCACUGCGGCCAUCGCUCCCGCAGCACGAAACUGAACCACCUGCAGACAGGCCAUGCUCCCGGCUGUUUUUGCAAUGGCGGCGUGCCUUGGUCCAGGCCGGCAGGGCGUGCUCGAUGUCUGGAGAUUAUCUGGGAGCGCUAUGGUGGCCAGUACGAUGUCAGCCGCAUGGACGAAGCCUGGUGGAAAGCCCACGUGCAAGAUCAGAAGUCGAAGCUAGAUGUCACGUGUCGGCGCUGCGGCCAUCGCUCCCGCAGCACGUCUCUGGUCAGUCUGCAGCAAGGCUGUGCUCCCGGCUGUUUCUGCAAUCGCGGCGUGCCUUGGUCCAGCCCGGCAGGGCGUGCUCGAUGUCUGGAGAUGAUCGGGGAGCGCAACGGUGACCAGUACGAUGUAAGCCGCAUGGACGAAACCUGGUGGAGAGCUCACGUGAAAAAUCGUACUUCGAAGCUCGAUGUGACGUGUCGCCACUGCGGCCAUCGCUCCCGCAGCACGUGGGUAAGCAGCCUGCAGCAAGGCGCGGCUCCUGGCUGUUUCUGCAAUGGCGGCGUGCCUUGGUCCAGCCCGGCAGGGCGUGCUCGAUGUCUGGAGAUUAUCUGGGAGCGCUAUGGUGGCCAGUACGAUGUCAGACGCAUGGACGAAGCCUGGUGGAAAGCCCACGUGAGCAGCGUUUCCUCGAAGCUGGAUGCGACGUGUCGCCGCUGCGGCCACCGCUCCCGCAGCACGAGACUGAGUGACCUGCAGCAAGGCCACUCUCCUGGCUGCUUCUGUUCAAGAAAGACCGAAGGAAAGCUGAUGCGGUGGUUGGCCCAGAACUUCUCGCAGUUCAACGUCACCUCGCAGGUCGGGGGCUGCACGAGCCCGGCGUCGAAUCGCACUUUGCCUUUCGACUUUGGCCUCAACAACGACACGAUUCUCAUCGAGCUGGAUGGCAACAUUGGGCAUUUUGGGCUCGGGUGGGGUGGAUCUGAAGAUGAUGGAGGCGUGCCGCAAAGAGACCACUUCAAGGAGCAGUGGGCGCUGCGGAAUGGCAAGACUGUGGUUCGGCUGCUUCAAGAAGAUGUGUACGGCGACUCCUGGGACUGGAAAGGCUUCUUGGCGUCCGCCGUCCGGCAAACAAUUCGGAAUUCACGUCCGUGUGUGCUCACACAGGAUGCAACACAGUACAAGAGCGGAAUCUACCGUGAGCUUCGUGCCCGCGCUCGCUGCCAGGUUGGCUACUUCCAGCCUGUUCACGGUGCUCCGAUCCCGUAUCUGACGCGCAGGUCAGGCCACGCGCUGGAGUACGCCAGCGACGCCCUCCGAUCAGACCGACAGGUGGUUCUGGCGGCUGUGCGGCAAGACAAGCGCGCGAUGUCUCAUGCCGGCAAGGAGCUCCGUGCAGAUGUGGAGGUCCUGCGUCUCGCCCGGGGGGCCGGCGGCUAUGCCAGCCAGGGCGAGGCCACCUGA